AUGUUGUCUCGCUCUGCCAAGGCCGUCGUUCGCCCCUCGCGCCAGUUCGCCAACAGGACCUUCACGUCUUACUCUGCCAUCCUUGACAAGUUCCGCGUCGAGCGCGACACGUUCGGCGAGCUGCAGGUUCCGGCCGACAAGUACUAUGGCGCGCAGACUCAGCGCUCGGUGCAGAACUUUGACAUUGGCGGCCCCUCUGAGCGCAUGCCGCCUCCCCUCAUCAAGGCCUUCGCCGUCCUCAAGAAGGCCGCCGCCGAGGUCAACAUGACCUACGGCCUCGACUCCACGGUCGGAGAGGCUAUCAAGCAGGCUGCCGACGAGGUCAUUGCUGGCAAGAUUGGCCAGGACCACUUCCCCCUCGUCGUCUUCCAGACCGGCUCGGGCACCCAGACCAACAUGAACGUCAACGAGGUCAUCUCGAACCGCGCUAUCGAGAUCCUUGGCGGCGAGCUCGGCUCGAAGAAGCCCGUCCACCCGAACGACCACGUCAACAUGUCGCAGUCGUCGAACGACACGUUCCCGACCGCGAUGCACGUCUCUGCCGUCGUCGAGAUCUCGAACUCGCUCAUCCCGGCGCUUGAGGAGCUCAAGGCCGCUCUCUACGAGAAGCAGCAGUCGUUCGAGAAGAUCAUAAAGAUCGGCCGCACCCACUUGCAGGACGCGACGCCCCUCACGCUCGGCCAGGAGUUCUCCGGCUACGUUCAGCAGGUCGAGAACUCGAUCGCGCGCGUCAAGGACGUCCUCCCGCGCCUCUCGAAGCUCGCCCAGGGCGGUACGGCCGUCGGCACCGGCCUCAACACCCGCAAGGGCUUCGACUCGAAGGUCGCGGCCGAGAUCUCCAAGAUCACCGGUCUCGCGUUCGAGACGGCGCCGAACAAGUUCGAGGCGCUCGCCGCGCACGACGCGAUCGUCGAGGCAUCGGGCGCGCUCAACACGGUCGCGUGCUCGUUCAACAAGAUCGCCAACGACAUUCGCUACCUUGGUUCGGGCCCGCGCUGCGGUCUCGGUGAACUUGCCCUGCCUGAGAACGAGCCUGGCUCGUCCAUCAUGCCGGGCAAGGUCAACCCGACCCAGUGCGAGGCCCUUACCAUGGUGGCCGCCCAGGUCGUUGGCAACAACAUGGCCAUCACCGUCGGCGGCCUCCAGGGCCAGUUCGAGCUCAACGUCUUCAAGCCCGUCAUGAUCAAGAACCUCCUCCAGUCGAUCCGGAUCCUCGCCGACGGCGCCAGAUCGUUCACGAAGAACUGUGUGGUCGGCAUUCAAGCCAACGAGGAGCGAAUUUCGAAGCUCCUGAACGAAUCGCUCAUGCUCAUUACCGCACUCAACUCGAGGGUCGGCUACGAUGCGGCGGCCAAGGUCGCCAAGAACGCUCACAAGAAGGGCAUCACGCUGCGCGAGUCGGCGCUCGAACUCCAGCUCCUCGAUGGAGAAGAAUACGACCGCCUUGUCCGCCCGGAGUUGAUGUUGGGACCUUCUGAGGAGUAG